GUGGUCGCGGCGGACGCACCGGCCUGGGGCGAGCGUAUCUCUCACGGCCUGCGUGCGCUGCCGACUCUCGCCACUGGAGCCAGGAAGCAAGAAGGCAGCUCCGGGUGGGGAUGUUAAUGGCUGGUGAUCUGUGAAGGUUUUACCCACCUGGUGGAUAGGCUUCUUUUCCUCGCCGUCUCGCCCCAUCAUUACUUUUCCCCUGUUCAUUGCCACCUUUCUCGUCUGACCCCUUGAUCAGGUCAGUCAUACAAGUUCUCCUCUCGGAUCCUUGUGGCAGUAGUUGGAAGCUGAUGAGAAGGAGGGUGAAUAGACCUGGCAGGUCCUCUGAAGCAUUAAUAACGUGCACUUGUACAUUCCAGCAUGAUUAAUGUGCACAUGUGCCAUGACUGACCUGUGGUCCUGUGACUGGUCCGGAGUGGGUGGUUUCAAAAACAGAAUAAUUAAGAGAUUAGGGAGAAUUUCUGUUGGGAUUUUCUUAAUUGGACUCUGAGGCCUGGUCCAUUUUCUGAUCCCUUACCGUGGAAUUCUUGUGGAGAUACUAAGAAUACCUUGGGGCGCCUGGGUGGUUCAGUCAGUUUGGUUCAGUCAGUUGAGCGUCUGACUUCAGCUCAGGUCAUGAUGUCACAGUUCGUGGGUUCGAGCCCCACGUCGGCUCUGUGCUGACAGCUUGGAGCUUGGAACCUGCUUCAGAUUCUUUGUCUCCCGCUCUGUCUGUCCCUCCCCCGCUCUCUCUCUCUCUCAAAAAAAAUAAUUAAACAUUAAAAAAUUUUUUAAAAAGCUUAGACUUUGUUAUCUGGCAUCCUAUUAAUCAGAACUCUAUUAACCAAACAGAACGUUUCCAAAGCCUGUGUGUGUCGCUUGGGUUAAUGGUGGCACACCCCUCAGACUCCGCCUGGGUGCUGCCCACUGCGGCCUCACUCAGUUGCUCUCCGGCUCACCUCCUGAUUUCAGCAGAGCACCCUGGCAUUGCGUCCUUACUGGUAGGCCUCUAGCACAGCCCCAUCACCUCUUACCCAGACCUUGCCGGUUUUCAGGCUCUCCUUCCCUCCGGGAAAAGUUUGAUCUUUUGCAAGGACCAGAGGGCGUGUGGCUGUUCGGUUGUCUGCAGAAUAGAAUUCACGUUCCCCUUCAGGAGCUCAGAGGUGUCUCCAAGCUGACCCCAGGCUAUCUUUCCCGCCUGAAUCACUAUAUUUGGCCAACACAGCCUUUCCCGUCACCAUUCUGUUCAUUCAUGAUGCUCCCUCAGCCUGUCUCAGCCCGCCUCAGUCCUCUUGUUGUCACCCUUCAGCUCUGAUGCCCACUUGGCAGUGAAGUCUUCUCUGAUGUGCUCUUCGGAGUCAGUUUCUCUCCACGCCCAGCUCGGUGCUCCCACGGCACCCUGCUUACACCGACACGUGACAGCAAUCUUGUUUCCUCCUUUUCACCUUGUAGUUUAGCUGCUUCCAAAAGCCUCACUCCAUCGUCAGCUCCAGAAUGCAGGAGUUCCGUCUCAUUUAGCUUUGUGUUGUUUUCAUUCCGUAACCCAGGCUUUUGUUUGUUUGUUUAUUUACUUAGAGAAUCGCAAGCAGGCUCCACGCUGCCAGCAUGGAGCCCGAUGUGGGACUCAUGCUUACAAACCGUGAGAUCAUGACCAGAGCCAAAAUCUAGAGUCAGAUGCUUAACCUACUGAGCCACCCAGGCACCCCCCAGAAUUUCUUAGGAGAGAAGUUUAAUGAAAAUGGCAAUGUUAAAGAAAGAAAGAAAAGGAAGCGGCAGUGUUCUUUGACUUACACAGCGAUGACUCUUACACACUGCAGAGCCCUUCAUCAUUUGUGCCCAAAACAAUUUUACUCAACUGGGUGUAUUCACAGUGUUCAAAAUCACCCGUAAAUUCAACAAAUAUUUGUUGAACAUCUGCCACGUGGUAGGUUCUGGAAAAGACAUGUUAUUGGAAAAGGCAGAAGGUCUCAGUUCUCAUGGAACUUAUGUUCUAUUGUAAGGAGAGCAAUAGUUUAAAACAAAAAAGAUACUUUCAGGUGAUAAGAUGUGCCAUGAAGAAACAACAGCAGUAUUUAAGGUCAGGGGCUCUCCCUUAGGGCAGUCAGAGAAGCAUCCCUGACUGAGCAAGUGACAUUCAGGCAGACCUAGCGAUUGGGAAAGGUACAACCGGGCAAAGAACAGGCCUUCCCACUAAGGUGAAAUAGAAGGUGUGUGUAGCCCUCAAGUUGCAGACGGGCUUGGCAUCUCAAAGGGAGUCCAGUGGGCGGCGGGAGAACGCCAGAUGAAGUCAGGGAGGGAGAUUGCCACCACAUCACGGAGAUACAGGGAGGAAGUCUGGGUUGAAAUAUCAGUGAGUGACAUCCACUGUGUUUAGAAACAGCCUCCGUAGCUGUCCCACCAACUGACCUCUCUCCGCAUGGUGGACUGGUUAGCUUUCCUGGCCAUCUCAGGUACUUAGUACGGUUAUGCAGAAGAACUCAUCAAGCAUUUCCGCAACCCUGUGCUUUUGAGAGAUGUGACCUUGGUACGUGGAAAGGUAAUGGGACAACCAAUCCCCAGACCCUUAGAGCUCCAAGCAAAGGAAGUGUGAGAAAUGACAUCACGGAGUGCCCGUCCUCUGUCGGGCGUUCUGCUGAGUCUUCAUAAGCCUUGUUAUCAGCUUCCCUUUUCUGAUGCAGCACUAGGCCAGGCGGGGUCAGUAACAUUGUUGCAUUUCUUUCUACUAGGUCCACUGAGCUCCUGACAACCACCUAUGGACUCCCGCAAAUCCCCGAAGGAAACGGUCCUUAUUACAGGAGGAGGUGGCUAUUUUGGUUUCCGCCUAGGCUGUGCUCUGAACCAGAGAGGAUUCCACGUGAUUCUCUUUGACAUCAAAAGCCCUGCUCAUCCCAUGCCAGAGGGAGUCAAGUUUAUACACGGAGACAUUCGCCACCUCUGUGAUGUGGAGAAAGCCUUCCAGGAUGUGGACAUUGCAUGUGUGUUCCAUAUCGCCUCUUACGGCAUGUCGGGGCGGGAGCAGCUGAAUCGAAGCCUGAUUGAAGAAGUCAACGUCGGGGGCACAGACCACAUCCUCCAGGUUUGCAGGAGGAGAGGGGUGCCAAGGUUAGUUUACACUAGCACUUUCAAUGUCAUCUUUGGAGGUCAAGUUAUCAGAAAUGGAGAUGAAUCUCUGCCUUACCUACCUCUUCACCUCCAUCCUGAUCACUACUCUCGGACCAAAUCUAUUGCAGAAAAGAAAGUGCUGGAGGCCAAUGGUGCUACCCUGGUGAGAAGUGAUGGUGUCUUGAGAACCUGUGCUCUGAGGCCGGCUGGCAUCUACGGGCCUGGAGAACAAAGGCACCUUCCCAGGAUAGUGAGCUACAUUGAGAGGGGUCUCUUCAAGUUUGUGUAUGGGGAUCCUGGGAGCCUGGUUGAAUUUGUCCACGUGGAUAACUUGGUCCAGGCUCACAUUCUGGCCUCAGAGGCCCUGACAGCUGCCAAGGGCCACGUGGCCUCUGGGCAGCCCUACUUCAUUUCGGACGGCAGACCCGUGAACAACUUUGAGUUCCUCCGGCCUCUGGUGGAGGGCCUGGGCUACAGGUUCCCAUCCAUCCGCCUGCCCUUGACCCUCAUAUACCGUUUUGCUUUCCUGACAGAAAUGGCUCACUUCCUUUUUGGUCGGGUCUACAACUUCCAGCCCUUCCUCACCCGCACAGAAGUUUACAAAACUGGCGUCACACAUUACUUUAGUCUAGAGAAGGCCAAGAAGGAGCUGGGUUAUGAGGCUCAGCCAUUUGACCUCCAGGAAGUAGUCGACUGGUUUAAAGCACAUGGCCACGGCAGAAGUCCUGGGGAUCAUGCCUCCGGGUGUCUUGUUUGGGAUGGGCUGACGGUCUUCCUCUUGGUCAUAGUGGUUCUCAUAUGGCUGCCUUCUCCUGUGGUUCGAUCACUCUGAAGGAGCUAGAAACAUGGAUCGGAUCACACUUGUUGAGAUGGUUUUCAAGAAACACAGUAUUAAAUAAUGUAUCUCUAUCUAAAUAAAU